UCUCUCUCACACACACACACACACACACACACACAUAUAGAGGAACAUGGGAUCACUUGUGGGGCAUGUGGUACCUGGAUUUGGCUUCUUCAUCAUAGGAUUAUGGCACCUACUUAACCACACAAAACUCCAUGCACUCCACCCCAAAUCCUACACUUCUUCACCAUGGUUCCCAACUUCAAGAAUCAAAUACUUGGAGCUCUACUUGAUCAUAUUGGGUUGCUCCAUGUCCAUAUCCAUGGAGCUCUUCAUCGGGCCGACCCGCCACCAACCCCUCGACCCCGACGGCACCAUCCCUUCCAAUCACCUCCACAACUUCGAACACUCCAACAUCUCCCUCACUUUCCUCACGUACGCUCUCCUCUCAAUCUUGCUCGAUAAACUCGACCCGCCCGCCAAAACCGGGUUGACACACUUGCUAGCCGCGGUGGCUUUCGGGCAGCAACUCCUCAUCUUCCACCUCCACUCCGCCGACCACAUGGGGGUCGAGGGCCGAUACCAUUGGCUACUCCAAAUCGCUAUAUCCAUGUCACUUUUGACAACCCUUUUAGGGAUUAAUUACCACAAAAGUUUCUUGAAUAGCUUUGUGAGGUCAACUAGUGUAAUGUUACAAGGUGUUUGGCUUAUGGUCAUGGGGUUCAUGUUAUGGACACCUAGUCUAAUACCUAAGGGUUGCUUUAUGAACUUGGAGGAAGGUCAUAAAGUCGUGAGGUGUCACGGCGAAGAGGCCCUAGAAAGGGCUAAGUCGUUAGUGAACAUUCAAUUCAGUUGGUACGUUUUAGGUGUGACGAUUUUUGCAGUGAUCGUUUAUUUGGUUAUGGUUAAGUUGUAUCAUGAGAAAAUCGAGUACCAAUCUUUAUCGAAAUUCGUAUUGGAUGACGACCGAGAUGAUGUUGAGGCACAAAAGAAGGCUAAUAAUAAUAAGAUAGAGGAGCCAAAGAGUUUUCUUCAAAUUGGGAGAUCAUAAUUAAAUAUUACUUACUUGAUUGUUAAUAUUAAGCUAAGAUUAGUGUGGGUUUGUAAUUAAAGUACAAUAGUAAUUAAGUUGUCUCAUGUCAAAUGUGUGAAAGAAAAAGGGAGUGGUGUGGUGUGAAUUUGGUUUGAAUUUAUUACUUUUAGGUUGUGAAUUAUUAGCAUUUUGUGAUUUGUUUGUACACCAAAGAAAAGUAAUUCCAUUUUUUUUUAAUCGUCUUUUCAAA